UUACAAAUACAAACGCUAAAAUAUUGUCCUCUACCACCUCUCAUUAAAAAAAUACUCCAAUAGAAAAGGAAAAAAGGAAUGAGCUGGAAGGAGCAUCUUAGGAAUCAGUGUGCAGAUAUUGAUAUAGAUAUAGUUUAAGUGAAAAUCAAGAGAAACCCAAAUAUGAAGAUCACAUAAUAUCUUUGACAAUCCUUUUCUUUGAUCUUAUUUUUAUCAUUUUGCCAAGAAAAUUUCAGGAUCUUUCCCUUCUCAAUCACAGUUUUAAAUAUACACCACCCCAUUACUUUCUUUCGAAGUUUUAUUAUAAUCUACAGUAACUUCUUUCUCCCUGUAUAUUGUGAACGUGAAAUUUCUUCGGAUUUUAAAUUUGAGUGAAGGAAAUGGAGAUGUUUGCUUCAUCGUCAAUUUCAAGGGGAAUGGAAGAAGUUCUUGCAAGUGAUGAACCACAUGUGCUAGCAGUGGAUGACAAUCUUAUUGAUCGUAAACUUGUUGAGAGAUUACUCAAGAAAUCAUCUUGCAAAGUAACUACUGCAGAAGAUGGUCUGAGGGCUUUGGAGUACUUGGGUUUGGGAGCGCAUCAGGACAGCUCUACAAACAGCAAUGGUUCAAAGGUUAAUAUGAUAAUAACAGAUUAUUGCAUGCCAGGAAUGACAGGUUAUGAGCUGCUUAAGAAAAUCAAGGAAUCGUCGAUCAUGAAGGAUGUGCCAGUUGUGAUAGUGUCAUCCGAGAAUAUCCCAACUCGAAUUAAUCAAUGCAUGGAAGAAGGAGCGCAAAUAUUCAUGCUGAAGCCUCUGAAACACUCCGAUGUCGAAAGGCUGAGAUACCAAAUAAUGCAAUGUUGAGCAUAGAGUGACUAUUCUCAUCCCGUGGAAGAAAAGAAAGAGACAACUAUAUGUAAGAGUUAUUAUGAGAAUUUAAGGACUCAUGAAGUUCAAUUGUUUACAAGUCUAUAUAUCUUUUGAGAUUUAGAACUCCCUGCUUUCAUGAAGGCAUAUUUUUUUCAUUUAAAGCACCAGCUGAUGCAGAUUCACAUUCCCUUCUUGGUCACCUUAACACAAAAGCUGUGGAGCCAAAUUCGACAUGACUAAUUCAUUGUACGAUAGCCUAGUAUGACUUUUCAUCCUCUAAACUGGAUUUAAGUUAUAUAUACAAGCAGU